AUGACGCAGGCGACCGCCACGUUCGUUCAGGAUGUAGGCCAACAAUCUACAAUAGACGACGUUGACGACGAGGACGUCGCCUCCGAGCCCGAACAUACACACAUUGAAGAGCCGAGACUAAACGUGGAUCCUGUGGAAGAUUUCAUCAAGCCAUUGGUCCUCGAGGAGUCGCGACUCUACAAUCUAGCUCGCCGCUUUUCGGAAGUCUACCGGCAUCUUGCGCUCACCUCUGAUCAACAAUUUCUCCCGACACCUGUGACGCAAUUACCGACGGGAGAGGAAGUUGGUCGUUAUCUGGCAAUUGAUGUUGGAGGUAGUAAUCUACGGGUAGCCUUUAUUGAAUUGCUGGGUGAAGAUGCAGACUCUGAUAGAAGCCCCGGGAACGCUUCGGAAAGAUCGCGUGAUACAAUCCGCAAGGCUCAGCGGCAGCGCGUGAGACGAACUUUGGAAAAGGCAUGGCCCAUUCAGGACCAUUUGAAGAAGGAUAAAGCGGAAGAUUUGUUUUCGUGGAUAGGUGAUUGCGUCGCCGAAGUCAUAGCGGACAGCCUUUCUUCGGAUGCGACCAAGGGAGAUAUUCCGGAGGAAUUGGAAAUGGGCAUCACUUUCAGUUUUCCCAUCAUGCAAGAAUCAGUGGACGAAGCUACACUCAUGCCAAUGGGCAAAGGCUUUGCAAUUACAUCCGAUCUAAACCUGCGAAACAUGCUUCUUUCUGGUUACGAAAAGCAUACACGGCGAAACGAAGACGACGAGCCGUCAUCCAAGCGACGGAAGCUUUAUGCUCUUCCCAAAUUGAAGAUUGCCGCCAUCACCAACGACACCGUUGCGACUCUAGUCUCGUCAGCAUAUUGUGUCAAGUCGUUACCUAACAGUCGUGUUACUAUGGCUAUCAUCGUUGGAACAGGGUGCAAUGCCACGAUACCAAUGUCACUUAGUGAUUUGCAUGAAUCCAAGGCCAAGCUGGUCAGCUCAAGAGAUUCCAAGGCUACACAAACAGUGGUUAACACAGAAAUCACAAUCUCUGGUGCCGCAGCUCCAUUAAAGGAGCUCAAUAUCGAGACGAAAUGGGACAUUGAACUCGACAGAGCAUGUUCUCGACCUGGUUUCCAACCUCUUGAAUACAUGACCGGUGGACGAUACAUUGGCGAACUUGUGCGGAUUGUUUUCUUCGAUUAUCUUACUAAUGUGCUCAAAGCUACGAAGAAAGAGUUGCCGGCCAAUCUGGUCCAGGAAUAUGCACUGUCAACGACCUAUCUUUCGCACAAGGUUGCGCGCAGUCGAUCUGACGAAGAAUUAGCAACAGAACUGGCACGGUCCUUGCCUCCGCCCGAGUCGAGUGAAUGGACCUGGAGUAAGGACACAGCAGGCGCAUUCCGAAAAAUUGCCAGAGCUGUUCAGACCCGAUCAGCCGGGCUGAUCGCUUCAGCGGUCGUGGGACUUCUCGCAUGUACUCGGGAGAUUCAACUUCGGGACGACAGUGCGCGAAACUCGCCUCAGCCCCCACUGCCUGAAGACAAAAAUCUAUCCCAAAACACAGCAACAUCCACGAAACAAGAACAAACCUCUGCCGCAAUUACAUCAGCAGUCACAGCAGCCGCCAAAUCACUCUCUUCAAGCGGAACCAGCCACCAAAGAGGCCUCAUCGUCCCCGUCCUCGCCCCAGCACCCGCAGAUUGGCAGUCUGGACCCGAGGAGUUGGUGGUCGCUUACACUGGAGGUAUCAUCCAGAACUAUCCAAACUUUAAGGAAACGUGCCAGCGAUACAUCGAUCGCAUGAUCAUGCGGACGGGUCCGCAGAAGAGUGGCAAAUCUGUGUUUUUACGUGAAGCGUCCGAUGGAGGUGUGAUUGGGGCUGGUGUACUUGCUGGUAUGGUUGCUGGUCUUAGCUAA